AUGGCCUUUUGGUCAGCGGCCAGAGACUGUAACCUGACGGAGGACGGAAGAUCUCUGAAAGCAGCGUCUGUGGGGACGAAAAGGGUUAUUCCGGCGCCGGCUUCAUCGGCCUCGAACUCCGAGACCACCCCGGAGGCGGUGAGCAUGGCCGCCGCCAUGUUGAAAUUGUGGCCGUCGAUGAGCUCCUGGGUGAUGUUGAGCCCCAAUGGCGGCCAGGUCUCGGAGGCCAUGAGAUUGAGGCUGCUAGGGAUCAGGAGCGAGCUGAGUGGCAGGACGGAGACGUUGGGGUCGCGAGUUAGGCGUGGCUUUGGAGGUGUGGGAGAUGGAGCUGAAGGUGACAGUGCGGGAGAAGGGGUCGCGGGUGAUGUUGACGGAGCCGGAGCGGGAGUUAUCGAGGGCGCGGGUGGUCUGGAAGAGUGUGGCGACGAGUUUCCCGGAGGGAGGGAUGCGGUCGAGGUCGGAAGGGGUGAGGCGCUCGAGGAGGACGUUGUAGCGGAGGACGUCAGGGAGGGCGGCGGAGGAUGGGGCGUAGAGGAGGUUGUUGGGGACAGCGAGGAUGGUGAUGUUGGAGCGGGCGGAGAGAUCGGCGCCGACGGCGUAUGUGGUGAAGAGGUCGGUGAAAUUGGAGAAAUUGGAGUAGGGAGAGAGGACGUGGGAGAGACGAGCGAGUUUCAAUCAACGAUCGACGACCCCGCCUCUGCCAGUCAAAUCAGAAUCAUUGUCAGCUUACAAAUGCCUAAAAUACUCGACAAUGAACUUGAGCGCCCGCUGAAGUACCACAUCUUCUCCAACGCCGGCGUCGUAGCUGGGGACGCAACGCAACCAGCCGCCAAUCUCGCGCAUGUCUUGAAAAAGGCCGACGUGGAGAGGAUGAUGAAGGAGUAA